AUGUCGCUGGCGCUCGCCGUCGGCGUACACGCGACGUGCAACCCGUAUUGUGGGGACAAGACGCAGGGCUGGGACAAAAAGUGCGACUGGGGUGGCUGCUACAGCUGCACCGAGUGCUCCUCCCCUCCGCCGGUGUGCAAGCCGUUUUGUGAGGACAAGACGCAGGCCUGGGAGGACAAGUGCACCUGGACUGGCUGCUCCGGCUGCACCGAUUGCAUCGUCCCUGAGCCGGUGUGCAAGCCGUUUUGUGAGGACAAGACGCAGGGCUGGACUGACAAGUGCACCUGGGGGGGCUGCAACGGCUGCACCGAGUGCUCCGCCCCUGCGCCGGACUGGGAUGCCAAGUGCACCUGGGGGGGCUGCAACGGCUGCACCGAGUGCGCGUCCCCUCCGCCGGUGUGCAAGACGUUUUGUGAGGGCAAGACGCAGGGCUGGGACAAAAAGUGCACCUGGGAUGGCUGCAACGGCUGCACCGAGUGCUCGUCCCCUGCGCCGGUGUGCAAGCCGUUUUGUGAGGGCAAGACGCAGGGCUGGACUGACAAGUGCGCCUGGGAUGGCUGCUUCGGCUGCACCGAGUGCCUCGUCCUCAUGGGCUGA